AUGUAUAAAGAGAUCGUGCUGACUCUGAGCCUGCUGGUGGCACUGGCAUGCCAAGCCCAGGCCACAGAGGGACACCCCAUCUACGGCGUGAAGCUCUGCGGGAGGGAAUUCAUCCGCGCUGUCAUCUUCACCUGUGGAGGCUCACGCUGGAGAAGAUCUGUGGGUGAAACUGGUGAUUUAACCAGAAACUUUCUCUCCACUCAUGAUGAUGAGGCCUCAGACAGCUGGACGCACAACGAUGAGCAACUCGUCCCCCGCAAUUCUUACAAAGCUCAGGCUGAUCUGGAGGUGGACAGCUUUGGUCCAGAGGGUCCGGGGGGUCCAGAGAGCUUAGCAUUCAUGCGCCCCGGACGCUCAUUCAUCUCAGACGAGGUUCUGGAGGCUCUGCGCACCUCAGACAGGAAAGGCAGGGACGUGGUGGUGGGUCUGUCCAACGCCUGCUGCAAGUGGGGCUGCAGUAAGAGCGAGAUCAGCUCCCUGUGCUAAAACGGACACUUCCUUUCUGGCUCCAUUCGUCCGUGUGUGUCCAUCUCAGACUGUCGUGUUGGUGUCUCUCGUGUCUGCUGUUUGGACGGAUGGUGGUGUGUUACUUGGCCUAAUUUAAAUUCUGCAGCUGGAGAGUAAUGUAUUAAAAUUUAUGCAAGUGUGGCGCGUCUCUGAAAGAAAACGUUCCUCUGUGUAUUACAC